GACAAUGACAGAGGGCGACCCCACAGCUUCAUGUUGAUAUCGUGCGUUAUGGUAACUUUGAGUACAUAUUAGUACGGUAAAAGGAGUGUGUAACAUGACACUCUCAUAGGAACAGAUAUAGAAAAUCAAUUUACUGAUGCCUAUAAAUUAGAUUCAUUGUUGGAAGUAGUUGUCACUUACUCGUGGACAGUACAGAGGUAAGAAUUGUGAUCUCUUUAAUACUAGUGUUUCGGAUCUUGCAGCUGUUUUGGAGACCUAUGUAGUCGAUGCGGGGCGAAUGUGGGGUAGAGCUGCCUUAUCGACAUGACAUGGAUGUGAGCAUAGGCUACAGUACACGACGAUCUCACCAACAGCUAACUGCUUCACAGGAUAUACCAUUCUCUGUACUUAUCUACACAACUAUCAUACUGCAGUAUCAAACUCGACAAAAUUAACACAACACAGAGAAAAUCUAACUGCCUCCAGAUAUAGAAUUUCUAACAGUGAAAACGUCUUCUUCGUACUCUGCUGGAUUUUAGUCAAACUUAAUAAAUUUGAAAUUGUUUGAGAAAAUAAGCAGCUGUGUGCACGCGAGAGGACACCUUGGUUCCUUCCAGACCUUUGACGAACUAUGGUUAAAAUAUACGUCUUGUGUUCAUGCUCGGUUCUUCUUCUCCUCUCACUAUCUUGCUCGGCGGAGUACUAUAUCGGUGACGAUCUCGGAUACUCCGAUUCAGCCCUAGCCACACUCCAGAAAGUAGAACGACGGAAUCUAAGGCCGAGACGAAAAUGUCAGUCCUGGCGGAGAAAGUGCGUGCCCUGGUCCUCGGAGGCUCGCACCAGCUGUUGUGGAGGCUUGGCCUGUAAAUGUAACCUCUGGAUGCAAAACUGCAAGUGUACCACGAAACUUUGGGGAUAGAUUGUACCACACGUCACCGUCGCCACAGCCAUCAUGACAUUGGGAAACCCAGUGACUUGUUGCCUUGACUCUGACGAUGGCCCUUUCCAGAACUGUUGUGGUGAAAUUAUUUGUCAACGCCUUUUUGUUUGUGUUCGUUCGGAAGAAUGACGGGUGUGUUUAAUAUUUAAACAUUCACUUGUAAAUUGUAUUAAUAAUAAAACAUAAUAUAUUGUGUAAUACUU